AUGUUCGGUCGCAUUGGGGGUCAAGCACUCCGCUGUGCUUCUCGUCGCCCUGCUGUGCGCCGUAAGCUCUGCGGUCGCAAGUUCUCUGCCCAGUCGGCGGCUAAUGCACCCGCUGCUUCGGGAUCGUCACCUCUCGGAGCCAUCACGGUCGAACUGGAUCGCAUUGCACCGCGAUUUGAGAUUUCUGCCUCGCAGGUGAAGAUUCUGGACUCACCGGCUAAUUUCUACUCAACUCUCAAGCACAAAAUCCGCAAUGCCCGGAGGCGCGUUUACCUGUCGACGUUAUACAUUGGCAAGACAGAAUACGAAUUAAUUGAUACACUGGCGGAUGCUUUGCGCGAAAACCCGGAUCUCAAAGUAUCCGUCCUGACGGAUGCACUACGCGGUACUCGAGAAACCCCCAAUCCGUCGUGCGCUUCAUUGCUGUGCUCCUUGGUGGAUGAGUUCGGUCCUGAACGAGUGGAUAUUCGGAUGUUCCAUACUCCCAACUUAACUGGCCUACGAAAGAAAUAUGUUCCUCGUCGAAUCAAUGAGGGCUGGGGCUUGCAGCAUAUGAAGCUCUAUGGGAUUGAUGACGAGAUCAUCAUUUCAGGAGCAAACUUGUCUGAUGACUAUUUCACCAACCGUCUGGAUCGAUACCACGUAUUCGACUCCAAGGCUCUGACCGAUUACUACGCUCGCAUUCACCAUGCCAUUUGCAGUUUGAGCUUCCGGGUCUUACCAGACCCUCUCAACAAGUCUGCCUACCUUCUAGAAUGGCCCACAUCUAAUGGAGCCCCAUCACCAUUAGACGAUACCAAAGCAUUCAUCGAGUAUACAUCGAAUUUCCUCGGUCCCCUCAUCCAAGCUCCCAACAACAAACCCGUCCUUCCCUCUACCACAAGUCAAACAUUUGUCUACCCCGUGGCUCAAUUCACGCCCCUCCUCAAGCCCGACACCUCUACCGAAUUUCCAGCUGUGACCAGCAUUCUCCGUCUACUAUCUGAAUCGUCCGCAUUUGCUGGAGCCCGUUGGCUCUUCACAGCAGGAUACUUCAACAUCCACCCCGUCCUUUCUUCACUCCUGAUAGCCAGUACAUCAACCGACUCCAAUGCGCCGUCCACCACACAAGGCACGGUUCUUACUGCCUCGCCCUGGGCCAAUGGGUUCUAUGGUUCACCGGGAGUCUCAGGUAUGCUACCAGCGGCCUAUACCCAUCUAUCUGCCCGAUUUCUUGACCGGGUUGCCGCUGCCCAGGCGACAAAUUCCAUCCAGCUAAAGGAAUGGCGCCGAGGUACUGUCGGAACACCGGAUGGAUGGACCUACCACGCCAAGGGUCUUUGGGUCACAUUGCCACACGAAGAGCACCCUAGUCUCACAUUCGUUGGUAGCAGUAACUACACGAAACGGAGUUACAGUCUGGACAUUGAGGUUGGUGCGCUGGUCGUCACAGAUGACCAGGAGCUCAAGCGCAAACUCGGCGAGGAGACUGAGUGGCUGCAGAAGGACUCCAAAUUCAUCUCGCGCGAGGACUUAAUGCUCACAGAGCGACGCGUAGGCUGGAAUGUCCGAUUGGCAAUGUGGAUUGUUGAAAAAGUGGGUGGUGCUCUUUAG